AGUCUACCUAAUGUUCUUUUGCUGAAAAGUUCAUUUGCGCUUGCAUAAGUUAACUGAAAGGAAAAAAGAAGAGAGAAGAAAAAAAAGAAAGCAACAAAAAUGAGUUUAAAUAGAAAUGAUGGAUUCUUUACGGCCUAUUAUUUGAAUUUGAAAAAUACUUUAAAAGACUUUGAUCUUGAAGUUGAAAACAUCAAACAUUGUAAUAAUGAUUUGGAACGUAUCGGAUAUUUGAAUCGUUUAUCGGGCCUGCAAGAACACGAUCACGCACUUAACGUGCGACGAUCGUAUGAAGGCAAAAACGCUGACGUGGCAGCUGAUUUCAAAGAAAAAGGCAACAUGGCCUUUAAAGCAAAACAAUGGCUGGAAGCUAUGAUCCUCUAUAGCAAAAGCUACAUAGCUUUGCCGGCAGACAAAGUUCUCGAAAAAUCCAUUAUAUUGGCAAAUCGGUCGGCUGCUUUGUAUCACCUGGACAAAUAUGAUGAAGCAUUAAUUGAUGUCAAACGUUCACUUGAUUACGGCUACCCGAAGGAUAUGCUCUACAAGCUGUAUGAACGUCAAGCCAAAUGUUUCCUGGCCAAAAGAAAUUAUCCAAAUAGCAUAACUUAUUUCAAAAAAUUUUUAACCGCAAUGGAUGACGCUACGUUGGAUGAAGGUAGACGAUCCAAAAUGAAUUUGGAUGCGAUGACGAUGAUGAAAAUGCUAGAAAAGGAUCCGCAAACUGCCAAACAGGCGGAAUAUCAAAAGAAAAACGGUUUCACUGCUGAGUCUGUGCCUUCCUUGGCUAUUCGAGAUGAAAAAGAAUUAUUAAGUCCGGCAGUGAAAUUCGAUGAAAACGCAAACGAAGGACGCUUCGCUAAAGCGGCGACCGAUAUAAAAGUAGCCGAGGAGAUUCUAAUAGAAAGGCCUUUUGUGGCUGUGCUACUGGAAAAAUUCUCUAAAACUCAUUGCGAACAUUGCUUUAUACGCUCUCCCAUACCCGUGACAUGUCCCUCGUGCGCUGAUGUCAUUUAUUGCUCGGAAAAAUGCUUGAGCCGAGCUGCCAAGUCUUAUCACAAAUAUGAAUGCGGUUUAUUGCCAACGAUUUGGCAAUCAGGAGCUUCAAUCAAUUGUCACAUGGCAUUAAGGAUCUUGGCUAGCCAAGACAAGGAUAACUUGCUUAAGAUUGCGAAAAAUAUUGAUCAAAAGCUUUCUCUAGAGGAGAUCCUAAAACUUCCCAAAACCAAUUACCUUCGCGUUGCUCACUUAGUUCGCCAUGAAAGUACACGUACCGCCUCCAAUUGGUUUCAACAUGCUCUGAUGGCUCGCUUUCUUAGCAAAUGUCUACAAGAGUCGGGUUACCUGGAUGAGCAAUGCCAAUCGGAAGAUUUUGUAACGAUUACAUCUUUGCUCCUGCGUACAUUACAAUUUUUACAAUUCAAUACUCACGAAGUGGCUGAAUUGCAUAAAUCGGAAAGAGACGGAAGCGAGAGAACUGCUUUUAUUGGCGGCGCUCUUUACCCGACCUUGGCACUUUUUAAUCACUCUUGCGAUCCGGGCGUAGUCAGAUAUUUCCGCGGUACCACAAUACACAUAAAUACCGUGAAACCAAUUGAAGCCGGUUUACCAAUUUCCGAAAAUUACGGACCAAUUUACACGCAAGAAAUGCGAGAAGAAAGGCAAACAAAACUCAGAGAUCUGUACCGGUUUGAUUGUUCUUGUGAUGCCUGCCUGGAGAAUUGGCCCACGUUUGACAUGCUACCGACGGACGUUAUACGUUUUCGUUGCGAUGCUCCGAAUAAAUGUAAUGCAAUAAUUGAGAUAUCAUCCGCUUGCAAUGAUUUUAUGGUUAAAUGUGUAACGUGCGGUGAAAUGACCAACAUAUUCAAGGGCCUGAAAGUGAUGCAGGACACAGAAUCAAUGACACGCACGGCCAAACAUUACUACGAAGCUGGCGAAUACUCAAAGGCUCUAAACAAAUUUAUCGAUUUAUUGAAGAUCAUGCAUGAAGUGCUCGCCCCGCCUUUUCCAGAUUUCUGUCAAUGCCAACAAUAUCUUAAAGAUUGCCUCUUACACUUUGGUAAUUUCUACAAUUUAAAUUAA